CUGGUUGGUGGAGGAGACCUGGCCGGGACAUGGAUUGCCGUGCGGUCCUUUUCCUCUGCCUGGGCCUUGUGACGUCUCAGAGCGGGGAGGAAGAGCGAGCCCAUGAACCCCUGAGCUGGAUGAAGAGAAUGGAGAAGGGGCCCAGGAGACAAACCUCAACUAAUCAUGCCGAGCUCGUCCAUGGUCUGGAGUACAGCCUGCUGAAUGCCACCUUCCAGGGCUCCAACCUCACCUUGCAGACGUCCACCAUUCAGACGCUGGCCUUCAAGCUGGACUGCGACUUUGCUGGCCUCUCGCUGUACAGCGAUGCUGUGGAUCGCGUCCCGCAGGCCCUGGGAACCGAGCUCAGCCUCGCUGGCCCUCCGCAGGCCGCCAGGGCCAGGCACGCCAUGCAGUUCCCCACUGAGCUGACGAAGCAGGCCUGCAGGACACGCCGCAGGGAGCUGCGUCUCAUCUGCAUGUACUUCUUCAACACCAGGUUUUUCCCGAAUGACAACUCAUCUAUGCUCAAUGACUAUGUCCUGGGGGCCCAGCUGGGCAGUGAACACGUGGACAACCUCAUGGAGCCCAUCAACAUCAGCUUCUGGCACAACCAAAGCCUGGAAGACUACAACGUGACCUGUGUCUUCUGGAAGGAGGGAGCCAGCAAGCGCCACUGGGGGCUCUGGAGCCCUGAGGGCUGUCGCACAGAGCAGCCCUCACCUUCCCAGGUGCUCUGCCGCUGCAACCACCUCAGCUACUUUGCUGUUCUCAUGCAAUUCUCCCCAGCCCCGCUCCCGGCGGAGCUGCUGGCACCGCUCACGUACAUUUCCCUCGUGGGCUGCAGCGUCUCCAUCGUGGCCUCCCUGCUCACCCUCCUGCUGCACUUCCACGCCAGGAAGCAGAGUAACUUCAUCACACGCAUCCACAUGCACCUGCACGCCUCCGUGCUGCUCCUAAAAAAGGCCCUGCCCCCCGUGCCCGGGGCAGCCUGCAGGGCACUGGGCGCCGUCCUGCACUUCGCGCUGCUCAGCUGCCUCACCUGGAUGGCCAUCGAAGGCUUCAACCUCUACCUUCUCCUGGGGCGCGUCUACAACAUCUACGUCCGGAGAUACGUGCUCAAGCUCUGCGCAGUGGGCUGGGGGGUCCCAGCCCUCCUGGUGCUGCUCCUCCUUGCCAUCAAGAGCUCAGCUUACGGCCGCCACACGAUCCCUCUCUCCCACAGCCAGGGGAACGGCACGGGCCUCCAGCACACGUCCAUAUGCUGGGUGCGGAGCCCUGGGGUGCACCACGUCCUGGUCAUGGGCUAUGGGGGCCUCACGACCCUUUUCAACCUGGUGGUGCUGGCCUGGGCGCUGUGGGCCCUGCGCAGACUGAAGGCGCGGGAGGAGGCGCCAGGCUCGCGGGCCUGCAGGGACACCGUCACCGUGCUCGGCCUCACCGUGCUGCUGGGCACCACCUGGGCCCUGGCUUUCUUCUCCUUUGGCGUCUUCCUGCUGCCCCAGCUCUUCCUCUUCACCAUCUUCAACUCUCUCUACGGCUUCUUCCUGUUCCUGUGGUUCUGCUCCCAGAGGUGUCGCGCGGAGGCCGAGGCGGAGGCCGAGAAGGAGGCGUUCAGCACCUCCCAGAUGAUGCACUAGUCUGCACCGCGGCCGGAUCCCCAGCCGCUCCGGCUGCCUGCAUCCGAGGCCCUGGCUUCUGCCAGAGAGGGUGGCAGGCCAGCUGCUGGACACCAGAGUCCUGUGGCCUCUAGGGAGGCUGUCCACCUCCGUGGCUUCCCCGGCCCAGACAGAAAUGCCCAGACUGUGCCCUUGGCAUUCUACUCGGGGGCAGGUCCAACCCCAUGGGGGGCAGCAAACUUCGCCCUGGUGCCUGGCUGAUGGACAGAGCCCUGGCCUGGGAGCCAGGAGGCCACAUUGCUCG